CAUGAGUCUGCCAUCACCUGCAGCAUCACCUUCCUUAAAACCAACUGAAUUGAUUCCCGCAGGUCGAAAGAGACAGCGGUCCCAAUCUAUGCAAUCAGAUUCUUCAUCUUCCAUAAAGCGCUCUGCUUCAGAAGGUCCUUCAUCCAUCCCUAUCAUGACAGAUCCUACUAUAUCUUCCAUUGAUACUGCAAGAGACCACGAUAUUGAAAUUGAUGCUUACAUGGCAGAACAGGGCGAAGAUGAAGUUCAACCCAUAUGUCCCCUCACCAUCGAACAGAAAGUGGCGCGCAUCAAGUACCUACGUGACAAACCUAUGGUCCCUGGCGACACUUGGUAUAUCAUAUCUCGUCAAUGGUUCAGACCCUGGGAGAUCGCUUGCGGAAUCUUGUCAGACAAGUCACUCGACUCAUUGCAGGAGAAGGAUAUCGGUCCACCAGACAACUCUUCUCUAUUUGACUCACAAGGAAAUCUUACCUCGAGUCUAGUCGAACACAUCGACGUCCAGUUCUUACCAGAAGAAGCCUGGUCCGAGCUCGUGGCUUGGUAUGGUCAGCCGAUAAAUCCCCUCCCGCGAUCCGUCAUUGCCAAGGCCUUCUUGCAGUCCGCUUUGGAACUUCGUCCCCCGCGUCUCAAGGUCUUGGUACUCAAAGAUUUGGGUCCCGAUGCUGAAAUCACAGGACCCCCACAUUCCUAUGCCACCGUCUCUAUCAAAGACUCCAUGAAGUCCCUGUCCAAGGCACUCCUCUCUGCUGUCACCGCUCGCAGUAACGUUCCUUACAGAAUCUGGAAGCUCGAACCCGGUGAAUUUCCCGGUUCUCAUUUUCCUGCAUCGAAACUCGGUUCGUGGGGAGCAGAGCUAGUGAGUGAGGGGACCGACAGGACAGUCGAGGACAACAUGAUAGAACAUGAAGAUCCUUUUGUGGUCGAAUUUCAAGAGAAUGGCGCUUGGAUUGUUGAUGCAUCUCAAGUCGUGCGACCACCUCCACCUUCAGCAGUACACGUACACGUACCACCACCCCUUUUUAGCAACGAGAACGAUUUCUUCGGCCGUCUGAGCAAUCAACGUACAUCAGCAUAUCAAAGUACUCAGCCUUUUCGCACGCCGUCGCCGUCGCGGCGAGGCUCUUCAUCCAAGGCGAAGGAGUCAUCUGUCGCUCCCUUCAAGUCAUUCGGGUUUUCAAAGGGUAGCAGUAAGAUUAUCCAAGAACCGGGCACUCUUGGUCUGGGAAACAUGGGAAAUACUUGCUUUAUGAACUCAGCGCUCCAAUGCCUCGCGCAUACAAAAGAGUUGACGGAUUAUUUUCUUUCUGGUGUCUAUCAAGAGGAACUCAACCCCGACAACCCGCUCGGCAUGAACGGUGCUAUCGCAGAGGCGUUUGGACUCCUCUUGCAUCGUAUCUGGGCGCAGGACUCAACAAGCACUUCGUACUCGCCGCGCGAAUUCAAGUCGCAGCUGCAGAGAUUUGCCCCACAAUUUAGCGGAUAUCAGCAGCAUGACUCACAGGAGCUGGUUGCGUUCCUACUGGAUGGGCUACACGAGGAUCUUAAUCGCGUCCUCAAAAAGCCUUACGUCGAGAAACCAGAUUGGGAAGGAGGCCGUGAUCUCGAAUUGGCCAAGUUAGCUCAAACAUCAUGGGACGGAUACAUGAAGCGCAACGAUAGCGUAAUCGUCGACCUCUUCCAAGGCCAAUACCAGAGCACUCUGGUGUGCCCUGAGUGUGAGAAAGUUUCUAUCACAUUCGAUCCGUUCAUGUAUCUCACACUUCCUCUGCCCGUAAACAAGAAGUGGUGGCACAUUGUUCAUUACGUUCCUUGGGACCCGUCCCAGCCUCAUAGGAAGGUCCCCGUCGAGAUUGGUCGCGACAGUUCGUUCAAAGACCUCAAGAAUCUGCUUGGUCGAUGGAUGGGAGCUAAGCCCAAAAGGUUGCUAACCAUCGAGGUGUUUAAUCACCGUUUCUACAAGAAUCUCGAUGAUAGCGUCAUGUGUGGCGAUAUGGCCGAUAAUGACCAGAUUUUCUGUUUCGAACUGCCCUGUCAUUCGCGCCAGAGUCGCUCGUACAAGCCGAAAGACACUGAUCCUUUUAUCAUUCCUGUGAUUUUGGCGGACGCGGUCCCUCCUCGCCCUGCCUACUCCAAUUAUUCUCGUAGUACCAACAACUUUGGCCUUCCAUUCAUUGUGGUGGUCGCGAGAGACCAAGCACGAUCCGUGAGGGGCAUGUAUGAUGCUAUCAUCGAACGCCUACAAUCAUGGACGGUCCACGAGAGGGACUUAUUUACCUGGCAGACCGAUCCUUCUCCCAAUGAUGAUGUCACGAUCCCUAUCUCAACGGUCUCCGAUUCCCUCACAGAGAUCAAGGAGAACGGCGACGUUAGCGAAGUGGACGGGAUGGUCAUAGAAGGCGAUAUCGCAGAUCAGCGAAUUUACGCUGACGAUGAGUCUGGGAUGGCACCUGGCACUUACAUGACUGGCACGAAACAAGGCAUCUUCGAUUUGCGCCUUUAUACUGGCUACAAGGAUUACACCGCAGGUGGCUAUGGUUCCAGCAACGGCCGAUCCGAGCAAUGGGAAACACGUAUCGAAGAUGUCGAACCGGGUGCUCCAUUACUGAAGGAGGGUGACGCUCUUCUCUGCGAGUUCGAUGAGAACAUGAAGGCGUACUAUUUCGGCACCUCGCAGAUCGAGCACUCGCGGUGGGAUGAGUGGUUCCCUUUCGUGCACCCUGAGUACCUGGAGGCCAAAGAGGCGGCCGCAGCACAGAAGACGAAAGGGAUAACGCUUGAUGAUUGUUUGACGGAGUUCAUGAAGGAGGAGCAGUUGGGUGAAGAUGACUUGUGGUACUGCCCGCGUUGCAAGAAACACCAGCAAGCUACGAAGAAGUUCGACCUUUGGAAGGUCCCGGAUAUCCUUGCUGUGCACCUUAAGCGUUUCAGCAACAGCCGUGCGCUUCGCGAUAAGAUCGACACCUUCGUCGACUUCCCUAUUGAGGGUCUCGACCUUACUGCUCUCGUCGGUGAACGGCGAGUGGGGACCAGGCUUGCGCAGAGUGGAGUCGACAUCAACGAUCUUGGCAUCAAAGACGUAGAAGAGCCUCUCAUUUAUGAUCUCUAUGCCGUCGAUGAGCAUCUUGGGGGACUUGGUGGUGGGCACUAUCGCGCGUAUGCCCUCAACCAUGUGACGGAGCAGUGGUAUCAUUUUGAUGACUCGUAUGUCACUCGCUCUGACGCCAGUCAUGCAGUGAAUUCCAACGCCUACCUGUUGUUCUAUAAGCGUAGAAGUAGCGCUCCGUUGGGGGGCAAGAGUAACGAGAAGAUAGAGGAAGCUGGCCGUAAGGCUGCCGCCGAAGUGGAAGCAGAGAACGAUGCAGCACAGGAUGUGCAGCUUCCAACACCACCCAGUGAAAGCGGCGCAGCUCCUUUUCCCUUUCCCCUCACGCAACAGCACAGUAGUGCUGGGUACCUGACGCCGCGAUCCAACACGAGGUCAACUCCUACAUCGUCACCACCUCCCCUUGAUGAUGGUGAUCCGGCAACGUUGGAGGCGCAGAGCGAUGAUCUGAUCGCUGAUGACGGUCUUGGUCUUGGUCCUCUCGAACUUGCGUCUCAGCAGUUUGAUUUCCCUGACCCGUCAGCAAGGGCUUCUCCGACGUCCUCAGUCGAGGUGGAACUUGACUGUGACGAAGAACCCCUACGCAGUUCGCUAUUCCGCGAUCACGCAAACAUUAACUCUUGGGCUGGCAGUAGUCAGAACAUUCUACCCUCACCAGCGGUUUCUGAUUCCGACAUGAACCCAUUUUCCGACAUGAAUUCGCAGAAGAAGAGCGUUGAUGAUAGCAUGGACGUUUGACGAAAUACCACGAUUAUAGAGCCGCCAGUUGUAAUUUACCUGCAUAAUCCCGUAUCUUAAUUAGUUACUACUUAGAAUGUUUUCUGCCGGAUA